AUGAACGUUAAAAGUAACAAUUCGGUAGUGUUAACUGAAGCAACAAAUUUUCAACGAAAAAAUUCAUCAAGUUAUGGCGAAAAAGAAGAUGGAAAAAGAAAUUAUCAAGACUCUGAAUUAAGUCCAGCAGAUGAAAAUGUUAAUAUUCAUUCACCAGGUCAUGACAUAGCCAGUGAUGACAAAUUACAACAAAAUAAAAAAAUUAAAUUAGAAGCUGUUGUUCCACAAUACACCGUAGAAAUGGUCACUAAAGAUUUACAUAAUGCAGAAGAUGAUCAAUGUACUUUAACGUCGUUAGAUCGUUUGUUGGAACUGGUAAAUAAACGGAUUACUUGCGACGAUAAAAUUGAUAAAUGUUUUACACUAAACGAUUUAAAAGACAAACUUAAACAACAUAAUUUGAGUCUUAUUCAAUAUGAUACGUUUUAUCGUUUAUUACCGCUUCCCAUUGAAGUUCAUUGUGAUGAUGGAAAACAAAAUAUUUAUGCCUUACCCGUGGAUUCAAAAUAUUCCAAACAUCAUCCGGAUAAAGCAUUCGCGGGAGCAACAAUAAACUAUUUGAAAGAAUUAAGCUGCAUAUUUGGAGAUCAAACUGUUUUCUAUUUAAACAUAGAAAAAGCGUGUGUUCAAUUCGACGAGUUGCAAUCACCGUUUUUAGAACGCUUUGACUCUGAGUGUGACAACAAGAUUGUGCCAUUGAUUUAUUCUGCCUGUUCAAUCGAUCUUGAUUCUGAGCAAGUAACGUCGAAUGGACCAACAUUUGUUACAAUUUCCCCACGGCUUCAAAAUUCAAUGAUAGAUAUUCAAAAUGAUUUUCAAACUUUGAUUCAUUUGAACGAAUUUCAGUCAUUUGUGAAGACCAAUGAUAGACGUAUCAAACCGAUACUUAUCCUUGCAUCAGAUGGUGGUUUAGAUCCAAAAUCUUUGCAAACGGUGUCUAUUACAAUAAAUUUAUUCAAGAAAUUCAAUUUGGAUUGUUUAUUUGUUAUAAAAAAUGUUCCUGAUUGUUUGGUUUUGAAUGAUUUAGAAAGUCGCAUGUUAUUACUAUCAAAACAGCUUAGUGGUCAAUGUUUGACUGAAAUAUGGAAUGCAACAUCUAUCGAUGGUCAUGAGGUGAUUGCACGUUAUGAAAACAAAACAACUGCCGAUGAGUGCAUACCGACUACAACAGAUUCAGAAUGGUACACAACGCAUGUUCGUCAAUCAGAGUAUUUGUUACAAAUCAUUAAAUGCAGUGAUACAAAUUGUUGUAAAUGGGACACAAAUUAUAUUGAUAUGUUCAGUCAACGCUUCUUACCUGCACCUGUGAAAUGCAACUUAGGUAGUUAUUUACGACAUUUUACGCUUGGAGAUAAACUAACCGUCACUAAGCAUCUUUUUGUAGGUCGAGUUGUGCCUGUUGAUGAUGAUAAAAAUGGUCGUUUUGCUAAUCUGUGUGAACGGUUAGUAUUAGAUCAUUUGAUACCAAAAUUGGAUAAUGGAGAAAUAUCUUAUGAUUCCUAUUGUCCAUCGUUACGAAAUACAAAGACUGGUUAA